AUGACCAAAAGGAAAACCAAGACAGCCAAAACGGCUCCCGACGGCGCAAGCAACGUUCCAAACAGCGGUGGCGUACCAAGGAACGAAGUCGGAUUUUUCCCUUUCGCCCGGUACACUUCUGUCGUCGGUGUCCAUACGACUUUACUUCUCUUCACCGCAUUUUUUCUGCCGCGGACAAGGAUACUCUCGGACUUGGCCCAACGGAGUGUCGAUUUUAGCCAGUUGACGUCGCGUGACAGACCUCAGCACCCUUUUCUGGAGGCAUUGACCGCCAGCCCAGCUAUUACUGUCGCGUGUAUGUGUGCUGGCAGCGUCGUGUUGCAGGGCUGGUGGGGAGGCUGGAUCAGAGAUUGGUGGUUCGACUACACCUCAAGGGGAUUUGAGGAUAGUACUCGUGUACAAAAGGCGGAUUUUAACAGCCGGAAGCUGUCCGCACUUAGAAAUGCGUGGGCACUGACCCUCGCAAGCUCCGCCUUAUUCCACGCCAUACUCGUGCUUUUCGGGGUACCGCUCUUGAGCCACUGGUUACAGACCUAUCUUCUAGCGCUUUUCUUGUCUAUUCUCGUCAUCUUUACGCCCGCAUAUACCUACGGACCACCCACGCUGUCUUCUGAUACAGAGUCCCUGGUUGUCAGGAUGACUUGGGUCAGGGUUUUCGCCGAGUUUUCCGUAAGGACGCCUGUAGAGCGAGCCAUCGUCUAUCCAGCUGUAGGCACUUUGGUCGGCUGUUGGGUCGGCGCAGUCCCCAUCGCGCUCGAUUGGGAUCGGCCAUGGCAGGCGCGUUGUCUUUCUUGA